AUGCCCGCCGUCCCUAUGCCACCCAACAGCCGACAGGUCCCCUCCUGCACUGGACAGGUCUCAAAGACUCUCGUGACCUCAGAUAUGCCCGAACUACAAAGCCUGCUACUUCGUAAGCGAAAUUUGGUCUCAACUGAGCGUACUGUGCAAGCGGGGCUUCCCUGCGAAGAAAUGGAUGACUUGCUCCAAGCCCUAACCAAACCUAACGGCGCAGGUGAGCCUACUCCGACGACGGCUCGACUGCGACGGGACGUAGUCCCGCACCGCAAAGCUACCUACCUAGAUACCGUCGGACAGAUAAAACUUGGUAUCCCGAUUGUCAACCAACCCCCUCGGGAGGCUAAGGUUUAG